CGCGGCCGCCGCGCUGGGGAGGUUCUCCGAGGAAAGUGCCACGACUUCAGCGCGCCCGCGGCAGGAGGGCCACGCGAAGGGAGCGCGGGAGAGCCAGCGGAGCGAGGUUAAGACUACAGAGCAAGAAUGGAUUUUUAUGACCCUCAGACCCUGGGCGUCAUGGUCUUUGGAGGAUUCAUGCUGGUCUCAGCAGUUGGGAUAUUCCUGGUGUCCACCUUUUCCAUGAAGGAGACGUCUUUCGAAGAAGCUUUGGCAAAGCAGCGCAAGGAGCUAGAGAAAGCCAGCCACCACAAGGUGGAGAAGAAGAAGAAAGAGAAGCCUGCUGAAAAGAAAGGAAGGGCGAAGAAAAAGGAGGAGAAACCCAAUGGAGUGCUGGAGCCAGACGCAGGUCUGGACGCCUCUGAUGGAAGCCCUGAACCAGUCUUUGAGGCACCCAUUGUGUCUCUUCCAGCUCCUGAGGAAAAGCCAACCCUGUCUCCCAAAGACAAGAAGAAGAAGGAGAAGAAAGUGGGGAAGGUAGAGUCGGUUCCCAGCCUGGCAGCGUCUUCUCCACCAAUAACUGCUUCAAAAGAUCUGGUUUCUGAUGUGGUUUCCAAGGAAGUGUCAGUAGCUGCUGCUCCACUAGCUGCGGCUCAACAGAAUGCUCCCUUAACUAAUUCCGUGAGUGUCAAAAAACCCCAAGAUCUUAGAAACAGAGAGGAACAAAGGCACGACGGUGCUUCCAACAAGAAAUCCACUGCCCCAAAGAAAAAAGAAUCAAGUACCACAGAUGUUGAAAAUAUGCUUUACGUCCCCUAUAAGACCUUAUGUUCCAUAAUUUGCAGCAUGGUUUUUGGGGAAGGCGAGGCCCAGCAACUGAUUGAAAUCUUGACUGAGAAAGCAGGAGGCGCUCAGCACCCAUGGCUGAUGGCAACUCAGAAAGGCGAUCCCGUUGCCGUUCUGAAACGACAGCUAGAGGACAGAGAGAAGCAACUUGCAACGGAACAAGAAAAUGUAACUGUCGCAAAAGCUAAACUGAGAGAACUCUCCAAGGAACUCACAGCUGAGAAGGCAAAAGCCUUAAGUGUUGAGAAUAAGCUGAAGGAGCAACUGAAGACACGUGAGCAGGAGGUGACUGCUCUACAAGCCCGGAUGCAGGCCAGUUACCAGGAUCGUGAGACUGAGACCCAACAGUUGCAAGGAAAGAUUCGAACUCUACAAGAACAACUGGAGAACGGCCCUAACACCCAACUUGCUCGCUUGCAGCAAGAAAAUUCCAUUCUCAGAGAUGCUUUAAACCAGGCCACAAGCCAGACCGAGAGCAAACAAAAUGCUGAACUGGCCAAACUGCGUCAGGAGUGUAGCAGACUAGGCAAAGAGUUGACUGAAAAGUUGGGUGCAUUACAACAGGUGGAAGAACAGAAAAAGGUCUUGGAGACAAAGGUUGCUGCCUCUGAAGAGCAAAUCCGUCAGCUCCAGAUAUCCCAAAAAGAAAAGGAGGCGCCACUGCAGAAAAGCUUGGAAGAGAUGGGCGAAGAACUCUCCAAAUCCCAAGCCAGCUAUCAGAGCUUGCAGAAAGAGCUGGCAAAGGCAAAAGAGCAGCAGUCCAGUCUUGCUGAACUUCAGUCUAAGCUGCUGCACUCUGAAAUGAUGGUGAAGACAAAGGCAGAAGAACUAAACAGUUUACAGAUUAAGUUGUCAGAAGCCACUUCCAAGAAUGCAGAGCUUGCAGAGAGGAUUCAAUCGGCCGAAGCCCUCCUAGAGGCAGGACAAAUGAGAGAAGCGGAGAAAAACAAAGAUGUUCAGGAAGCAAACCAAACAGAAGCCAGCCAAGUGCAGUUAAGAUUCCAAGGCUCAUCCACACAGGUCACCACAUUAGAGAAUGAAGUUGCUGAACUGAAAAAUACAGUUGAACAGCUGAAAAUAAAAAACAAUGAGCUGCAAGAGAAGAAUUUAGAAGCCACGGAAGCCCUGGCUUCUGUGGAAAAGGCAUGCGAAGAAAAGCUGCUGUCUUCAACUAAGGCAAAGGAAGCAUUGGAGCAACAGCUUGGAAUAAUUCAGGGACAAACAAUGAAGGUUCUCUUGUCCCUCUUCCCACAGAUCCAGUUAGGUGAUCAGCAGGCGUAUGCUGAAUGGUUGCAACAGUUUAAAGAAAAGGCUUUGGAAACACUUCAGUCUCAGGGUGCAAGAACAGAACCUGAGAUGACACUUCCGUUAAGAGAAGCAAAUGAGGCAAUGAGUGCACUGCAAGCAGAAUGUGAUCAGUAUAGGACCAUUCUCGCAGAGACAGAAAGGAUGCUCAAGGACUUGCAGAAGAGCGUGGAGGAGGAGGAGCAGGUGUGGAAAGCGAAGCUGAUUGCAUCUGAAGAAGCACUUCAGAAGUCCCAGGACCAAAUGAAAUCUCUUGAAGAUGAUGUGGAGAAGUUAAAGAUGGAACUUCAGAAUACAGACAAGCUGAAAGAAUACACCUCUCUCUUGGAAGCACAGCUGGAAAAUCACUUGGCAACAGCCAACUCCGAACGUCAGAAUUACAUGAAAGAAGUUGAGCAUCUGAGACAACUGUUAUCUGAAUCCCAAGAACACCUGGACUCAAGAAAAACAGAAGCACUCAAAAAAGCCCAGGAGCUGGCUCAGGCUCAGGAUUUGGUGCGCAGCUUGCAGGCUGAACUGGAGAAGCUAAAACUUGGUGGAAAUGAGGCUGCCAAGGAAGAUGUUUUGCGGCUCCAGGAAACACUAGAGAAGGAGAAGAAGUUAACAAAGGACUUGGGAUGUGCAGCUACCAAACUAAAAGAGCUUUUGCAAGUCACCCAAGAGCAGCUGGCUAAGGAAAAAGACACAGUGGUAAAACUGCAGGAACAGCUGAAGGAAACGGGAGAAAAUGAAGACGUUGCCAAGGAAGGCACAUCCGUUUGACCGAACCGAAAUCCAGGACAAGUUUUUCACCAUAUGAAAUGCCUUAACACUUUUCUAAACUAUGCACUUGUUUAAUGUAGGCAGAAGCAAAAGAAAGAAAGAAAAAAGACACUAUUGACCAGAAAUGGCUUUAGUGUUUUUUUUUUUAAAGAAUAAAAGUAAACUGGGCAAGAACCCAUCAAUAAACACACUCUUUGACUA